UCAGGACGACAAUUCCAAGUUCCCAGCAUAUAUGGUGGAGUUCUCCCAGCCCCGUCUCGUUUCUUUCGGCUCUGUCAGUUGGAGUCUUGGAGUGACCAAAGCAUCAAUCCUAUGAACAAUAUACACUACUAGACUCAUUCAAACUCCCAGCCUGAAAGAUGCGGUCCUCACGCCAAAUCCUCUUGGCUCUGGCUACUGCAGUGCUGCAAACCACUACUCCAGUAUCGGCACAAAACCUGAAAGAACAGGUCUGGGCUGUCUUUGCCUAUACACUGCACGGAGACAGCGUCCCGACAGCGCUGCCCCGUGAGAGUGUCGUGACGCCCUAUGGCGCCAGUGAGCUGUACUCUGCUGGAUCGGCCUUCCGUGAUCGAUAUGUUGCGAUUCAUUCGACGGACGUUAGUCCCAGUACAAGAAUCGAACGGAUUUCCUCCUAUGUACUUGCAGACGAAGACAUCGAUAUCCUGGCCACCACGGACCCCUCUGUGAUUGCAUCCGCUCAGGCCUUCAUGCAGGGACUUUAUCCGGCGUUGAAUGAGACAUACGAUGCUCAAUUCUUUGAUCCCAUUUUCCUCAUGUCGAAUGGCACCGUGACUACGGGACCUUUGGGCGGAUAUCAGUAUUCCCGCGUCGUUAGUGCGAGCCUCGACGAUCCCCAGUCCGUGACCGUUGCAGGCCACCAGAACUGCAUGUUGCAUCAAACUGCCGACCUUGAGUACCGGAAUAGCCCGGAGACCCAAGACCUGGUUCAGACAUCAGGGGCGUUCUACAACCGCCUGUAUGAGUUCUCCUUGAGAGACACAUUCGAUCGCUCAUCAGCCAAUUACCUCAACGCUGUUUCCAUAUCCGAAUUUCUCCAGUACCAGUACUUGCACAAUGAAUCGCUCCUCCGCAGCCUGAACAAAGACGACAUUAAGCUCGCCAACUGGUACGCAGACCAGUACACCUUUGCGACUAAUGGCAAUACCACAGCCUCCAGUCCCAUCCAGAGCGGCAAUGUUCGCGCUGUGGCGGGCCGAUCCAUGGCGUCUCGUAUCAUGGAUGCCUUCAACACCAACAUCUACAACCGGGGCGACAGCAGCAAAUUGACCUUCCUCUUCGGCAACGCCGAGCCGGCGGUGGCUCUCGCAUCCCUCCUACGACUCCCAUCCCCGCAGCAGUCAAACUUUUACUCGCGACCUGCGCUCGGUGCAUCGAUCAUCUUCGAACUCUUUAGUCUCGAGAGCGACUCCUACCCAACCUACCCCGAACCAUCUCAACUGUACGUGCGGUUCCUCUUGCGCAACGGAACCGACGACGAAGCAGAGUUCCAUCCCUAUCCUCUGUUCGGACUCAGCCCCAGCAACACGGAUGUCUUGUACUCGGAGUUUGAGGAGGAAUUGACCAAAUUCGCCCUAAACUCCACCGAAGCGUGGUGUCUCCAGUGCGGCGCCAGCUCGGCGGUGUUCUGUCCCGGGAUUCUGGAGGAGGCCGACGAUGCUGAUGCAUCAUCGGCUCAGAAGGGUAGCAAGAACAACAUCAGUAUAACACCUGGCGUGGCAGGCGUCAUUGGCGCUAUUGUUACCCUUGUUGUGAUUGGUAUGGUUGCCGCAGCUGGGUUCUUGUUCUUUGGCAUUCGAAUGAAUCGACGAUACAAGUCGAACCUCACCGACAUCAAGGGAGGAAUCAAGUUGGCCAGUGAUUCGAACCUAGCUCUGCGGGAGAAUAUGUGAUCAAAAUGGUUUGAGCUGGUUGAGAUUUUUGUUUACUAGUACUCAAGCUUGGGUUGUUUUCCUGGGUCGGGCGUUAUGGUAUGGACAAGAAGUAAAGAUACAAGCAAUCGUUGAUGUUGGUUUACUGAGGGCAUAAUUAAUAAUUACUAAUAACUAGAUUAACUAAAA